AUUGAAAGGGGCUGAGUACAAAAGGGCCAUUCAAGCCGCUGGCCAGAACAGUUGACCAAAAUGACUUCCGGAUUGCGAAACUUUGUACCACUAAUUGUGGCCCUGAUUCUCACCCUGGUGACCCUCACCUGGGCAGAUGAGUUCGAUGUGGAAUACUCCAACGAGUACGAUGAUGUGCGACCGCAUUUAGUCUAUCCAGAUGAUCCGAGACUGGACAAACGGAUCGGUGAUGCAGCCCGGGAAUUUGGUCAGAAUAUAACCCAAGCCUGGAACUCAAUGGUGGACUCAUUUAAGAACUAUUUCGAGGAGCUAAAGAAUCUGUUUAGGGAUACAGGAGAUCCCAAUGAAGUCAAUGAGGUGCUUUCGAAUAAAUAAGUGAUUAAUAUUUUGGAUUUGAAGUAAUAUUUGAAAAAUAUUAAAAACUUAAAUGAUUAAUUCAAAUCUUAACUUUUUCCCAGAAAUUGUGAUUAUUUUCUGAAAGUUUUUUUCUGAUUUAGUAAAGCCUAAAAAAUGAUUAUUGAUUCUUCUAAUAAAGUCUAACUAAAGGGUUUGGAAA